UCCUCCAGACUUCACCCACAGAGCAGUGACACAACUUGUCAGGAUUCAGAUUAGACAGACCAUUCAUAAAACCCCAUCAACAACACAACAGCACGUCAAGCUGGACUCUUAUCAGCACACUUCUCCAGUUCAUCCUCUUUGACUUACUGUGCGCAUUGUUUUCUAGCGGUUUUUCACUUAUGUCCCUCAAAUCCAGCGAUGACUAUAAUCUGCGUAGUAUGAGCAAUCUGAUGGGCGAGAGGAGGAAGAGAGCGGCGGAUGAUGGAGAGCGGAGUCUCAUCAAGGCUCCGUCCAGCGCGAGCCUCAGCAGCGCCGGUCCCUCAGCAGCGUCUCCUGCGCCCGCGGACCUGGAGCGCGCGGCGCGCAAACAGUUCCAGCAGGAUGUCACGCCGGGUUUCGUCUACGUGCUGGCCGCGUUCUCCGCCAUCGGCGGCUUUCUGUUCGGCUAUGACACCGGGGUGGUGUCCGGGGCGAUGCUUCUGCUCAAGAGGGACAUGAAUAUAACUGCCCUGUGGCAGGAGCUGCUGGUGUCCGGGACUGUUGCCGCGGCGGCGGUGUCCGCGCUGCUAGGCGCGUGUCUCAACGGGUUGUUCGGGCGGCGGGUGUGCAUCCUCACGGCCAGCUUUGCCUUCGCCAUCGGGGGAAUAGUAAUGGGAUCUGCUCCUAAUAAGGAGACACUGCUGGUUGGACGACUCAUAGUGGGACUUGGGCUUGGUAUUGGGUCCAUGACCAUUCCUGUGUACAUCGCUGAAACAUCGCCACCCCACCUGAGAGGACGCCUGGUCACCAUCAACACACUGUUCAUCACAGCGGGCCAAUUCAUAGCCAGCCUUAUCGAUGGGGCCUUCAGCUACAUGCAGCAUGGAGGCUGGAGGUAUAUGCUGGGUCUGUCAGUGGUCCCUGCAUUGCUGCAGUUCCUAGGGUUCCUCUUCCUACCAGAGAGUCCUCGCUGGCUCAUCCAGAAAGGUCUGACCCAAAAGGCCCGGCGCGUGCUCAGCCAAAUACGCGGCAACCAGAACAUUGACGAGGAGUAUGAUACUAUCAAAAGCAGUAUUGAAGAGGAGGAAAAGGACUGUGGAGGAGAGGGCCCAGUGAUCUGGCGCAUGCUGACCUACCCUCCGGCUCGCCGUGCUCUCAUUGUGGGUUGUGGACUCCAGAUGUUCCAGCAGCUUUCUGGCAUCAACACGGUCAUGUACUACAGUGCCACCAUUCUGCAGAUGUCAGGAGUACGUGAUGACAAGUUGGCCAUCUGGCUAGUCACUGUAACGGCGUUCACAAAUUUCCUGUUUACUCUGCUGGGCGUUUGGUUGGUUGAAAGGGUGGGCAGACGUAGACUUACGUUGGGGAGCAUCUUCGGUACUGUUUUGAGUCUUUGUGUCCUGUCUGUUGGCUUCCUCCUGUCAGCCCAACAUUCCCCUCCUGUUACACUACAUCUGACGGACCCCGCGACACCCAACUCCAGCUGCACAACACAUCUGUCAUGCGAGCCCUGUAUGUUGGACCCUAGCUGCGGUUACUGUUAUCAGGAAAACAGCACUGCUGUGUUCGCCGCCUCCUGUGUGCCCGUCAAUCCGACCUCCACCGAGAGAGCAGCGUGGGGCAAGUGCUCCAACUCCACACAUAUGCCAGAUAGUGGUAUAUGGGCUUAUAACUUUUGCCCAACCUCUUAUUCGUGGGUUGUGCUCCUGGGACUUGUGCUAUAUCUCGCAUUUUUUGCCCCAGGAAUGGGGCCGAUGCCAUGGACAGUUAAUUCUGAAAUCUACCCUCUUUGGGCCAGAAGCACGGGCAAUGCUUGUUCGGCUGGGGUGAACUGGACCUUCAACGUGCUGGUGUCUCUAACGUUCCUCCAUAUGGCCCAGUAUCUGACUUACUACGGUGUAUUCUUCCUUUAUUCCAGUUUGGCUCUAUCUGGUUUCUUUUUCAUUUAUGGCUGCCUCCCUGAGACUAAGGGACGGCGACUAGAAGAGAUCGAGUCCUUGUUUUAUAACCGGCUCUGCUCGUGUGGCAUUUCGGAUUCUGAUGAGGAUCGGCAGGUUGAAUACAUCCGGGUAAAAGGGUCAAACUACCACCUAUCGGACAACGACGCAUCAGAUGUCGAAUAACGCGUGCGAAACCUCUGGUUUGGCAUCGAUUGAGCAUCGCUCAACCCUGACGUCAGGUCCGCCCACUGUAUUGGUCAGGUUGAGCCUCCCUCAUCCAGACGUUCACCGCGAUGGCAAGAACAGGGUUGUAGAGCACACACAAACAAACACGCAGUGCCAUGUCAGCUUUUAUAAUAUUGUCAGUAUGUCUCUGGCUCGUUCCUUCACUGUCAGAUGAAUAUCCUCUGCUUAUUUAUGUAAAAUGAGAUGUUAGCUGUAAAUGCAGUAAUAUAUAUGCAGAAGAACAUGUUUGUUUUUUUCUUAAUGUCAUGAACGCAAAAGCAAAUUUUAUACAUAUAUAAAUUGGAAUGAAAAAAACUGAUAUUUGCUGCAAUUUCCGUUCACCAACACUGACAACUUCUAGUUCUGAGGACCCUAAAAAUGUCAAAAGGGUUUAUUGUAUUUUAGAAAAAUAGUAAAUGUUAUCAAUGGAAGUGUUGGAAUUAAGUAGAGAUCACAAAUAUUCAACAAUAUUUUGCAUAUAUGGGCAUUCAGAAGUCUGUCUGAAUUCUAUAAAUGAAUCCAAACCAGUUUCCUAAAAUAAUGUGACUCCCUGAAUAUCAACAAAAUAUAUAUAUUGCAGUGAAUAAACAUCAUUUGCCAACGUGAUAAUAUGCGUAUUAUCCGUAUUUCACCGUCUGGAUUUUAAAGUGCCAUAGAUUAUUUUGUCAUUUGAACCAUCAUGUUUGUAGGAUUAGAGAUCAUUGACACAAAAAAAGUCAGAUGUAGCUUUCUGCAGUUUUCCUGUGAUAGUGUAUUGUGGCCUUAUAAAAUAUUUCACAAUUUGUAUGUCAGUUUGUUUCAUUUGCUUUUAAAUGUUUACAUUUAAGAUGUUAUGAUAUUUUUAUUAUCAUUUUAAUUUGUCUUCCUUAUAGCCUAGUGUACAAAAUCCUCACAGUUGGUCCUCACCGUUUCGACAAGUACUGUAAUAUCCAUUGUUCUUUUGUGCUUCUUCGUAAGUACAGACAAAUACACAGCAAAGUGUGUCAAACCGGCCUGAAAAUCUCUAUGUUGUGAUUGUAGCUUUAUCAAAACCAAGUUGAUGGCUCCCAUAAAAGCAACCAAUAACGUGCUCAAGUUCCUGUUUAAAGGUUUCACUGUGCUCAGUGUAACAUAAUUGUGCACAUCAGGCCUCGUGUAAUGUGUUUUGUUCAGAUACUGUACAUGAUCAUGUGUAAUUUGACAUUUUCCAUUGGAUAAAACUUAAUUUGGUUGAGAGAAGCACAAAUUAAAUUGGCACAAUGUUUGACAUUAUAUCGAUUUAGAUUUUACAGGAAAAGUUCACCCACAAAUGCACCCUCAAUCAUCAAUUACUCACCCUCUCAUCUUUUCUAAACUUGUUUUAUUCUGUGGAACAUUAAAGGACACAUUCUUAAGAACGUCAAAGCUGCUCGUUUCCAUACACUGAAAGCAUAUAGCGAACGAGGGAAGCCAGUCAUUUUUACAUUUUUGGGUGUACUAUUCCAAACCAAUAAAAACUCUAACAUUAAACAUAUUGCUUCUAUUUGAGUCCAAGAGAGAUUAUAAACGUUUUAGUCUAUAUGUAUGAUGUAAUUUAGAGAUUUAUUGAGCAGUUUCAUGUGUACCAGAUGUAUUUGAAUUUUAGAUUGUACUUGGGAGGUUCUUUAUCUGUGUGUUACUAAUGAACACAUCUGUUUUAAGUGUAUGGAUGUAUAUUUUUUGUUUGUUUUUUGUUUUUGUAUGUGAAAAACAAAAUGCAGCGUUUCUAAAAUGAAUGGAAACUAGUCAGGACAAAUGUUGUGUUGUACAGUAUUUGAUUACUGUUGCUGUAAACUGUUGCUAGAUUUAUAUUAUAUAAAACUAAAUAUAUGAACUUUGAAAACUUGAAUAUGUACUUGGAGAUUGUAAUAAAGACAAUAACAUACAA